AUGGUCAAGAAGAGAAAGAACAACGGCCGCAACAAGAAGGGCCGCGGCCACGUCAAGCCCAUCCGAUGCAGCAACUGCUCGCGAUGCACCCCUAAGGACAAGGCCAUCAAGCGCUUCACCAUCCGCAACAUGGUCGAGUCCGCCGCCAUCCGUGAUAUCUCGGACGCCUCCGUCUUCGCCGAGUACACGGUUCCCAAGAUGUACCUCAAGCUGCAGUACUGUGUCUCUUGUGCUAUCCACGGCAAGAUUGUCCGUGUCCGAUCGCGUGUUGGCCGCCGAAACAGGGCCCCUCCCCCGCGUGUGCGUUACAACAAGGAUGGCAAGAAGGUGACUCCCACCCAGACUGCCAAGGUUGCCUAA